UUUUCUUCAGAAAGUUGCAAAAUUUUGUGGAAAUAAGAUGGCAUCUUUAUAUUUAGAGAUCAGAACUAGAAGUAGACAAAUACAGUGAGAAGCAGUUAUUGCAGUUUCAUAAUUCGUAGUCUUUGUUUAUAAAUACUAAUGCAAUUUUCUUUUUAUUUAUUUCUCAGAUUUAAUAUUAGCUGUAUUGCUUAGAUAUAAAUAAGUUUUAAUUCACGGUAAAUAUAUUCUUUUUUAAUUAUAAUCCUGCGCUUAAAGUGCGCGAUGGAUUUAUUAUGGAAAGUUAGUUCGAAAGCUAAAGAAAUAUUAACUCAAAAAGAAGAAGCAUCUGAAAAUCAAGGCGAAGUUAAAGCCGAAAGUUCUGACGAUUUUGCUGCUGGACUUAGAAGUGAGAAACCCGUGUCAUCUUUAAGUCUAGAAACACAACAAGGCAACUCAGAUAGAGAAGCUUCUUCUGAAAGCGAAGGGGUUAUUUCCGAACAUAGUACUAGUCCUAUAUCCAAAGAAUCUGAUCGCAAUUCUGAAGGAAAUGAAGAUCCAGAAAAGAGCGGUGUCAAAGUGGGCAUUUCUGCAGGCGAUUUAAAAGAUGUCUCCAAUAAAGCUGUAGAAUCUGCUAAAUCAUUUGGAAGUUUCUUAUAUGGCAUUGCAAACAAAACUGGCCGCACUCUAACUGAAACUGCUAAACAAUUAAAAACUACUGUGGAAGAAAAUAGUAUUUUAGGAGAUUUCAAUAAGGAACAAGAAGCAUUUGUUACUAGUAAAAAUGCUGAUGCCAAAAAUGAAUCUCCUCCUCCUUGGGUUGGUACAGAUAACGAAGAAAGUGUAAAAGAGCAAGUUUUAUCUUUGUCAGCAGAUAAACGAAAUUUUCUUAGGAGUCCUCCAACUGGUGUUAUGUUUGAUUUUGACUUUGAUAGCAUGUAUCCUAUUGCUAAAACCAUGCUAAAAGAAGAUCCAACAUUGGAGAAAAUGAGAUUUGAAAUUGUUCCAAAACUAAUCAAUGAAGAGAACUUUUGGCGUAAUUAUUUCUAUCGAGUAUCAUUGGUCAAACAAUCGUCUCGAAUCAGCAAAAUGACUCACCAAAAGAGUAGUAGUGGUGAUUCCACACCUACUUCUCCAGCAAAGAGUUCAUCUGAAGAUAGUAUUAAAGCUGGUAUGGACAAAACUACUGCUGAUGCUGGUGGUGGAGCUGAUUCUGAUGCAACUGAUAGUCCAAACCAUGAGUUUGUUAGUGAUUCCUUUCAAUCUAGCAAAGUAUCAGCUGAAGACAUCAAACAAGGAAUGAAGAUGCUGGGUGUUACAGACAAAUCUAGCAAGGAUGAUGAUUGGGAAAAGGAAAUGCAACAAGAAUUACAAGAAUAUGAAGUAGUUGCUGAAGGUAAUGAAGAUGAUCCAGAUUGGGAAAAUGAAAUUGAACAGAUGCUGGAAGGCAAAGUUAAAGAUGCGGUUUAAAACAUUUACUAGCUAUGUAUAAAAUUCUAUUGAAACCUUUAUUCUCACAAUUGUUGUGUUGAUAUGUUAAUUAUUUUCAUACCAAAUGUAUCAAAUGUUCCCAAAUAUUCAUGAAAUAUAUUGAUAUCGUUAAUAGUAUAUGCUUGUAAAUGUUUUGUACAAAUAAGGAAGUUUGUAUAUAUUUUGAAAUGUUUAUUAAGUGUGCAUACAAUUUUUUUAUUAAGAAGGAAUAUAACCAUACAUAUUUUUUAUUUACUUUAAAAAGAUAUAAGGGUAAAUCAUGUUAAUUUUUCAUCUUGAAUUAAAGUAUAGAUAAUACUAUUUAUCCUAAAUUAAAUAAUAUUGCUUCUGUAAGACCCUGAUAGUAUAUUAUCCCCUUCUUUAAAGUUUUAGUCUUACAUCAGUACGUUUUCUUAAGUAAAAGAAUAUUUUCUAGAAAAAUUGGUUUUUAUAGAGUCAAAACAUUCAUCUUAAUCAUUACUUUAAGAAAGUAUUUUGCGAUACUUCUUUCUUUUUCUAAUUAAAUACUUUGAGAAUAUUUUUUGGGUAUUUGUGAUGAAAGUUUUCCUGUGAUUUUUAAGCAUUUGUAUUAGCCAUAUAUAAUAGGAUUGCUACUUUCAAGGUAUUGCACAAAAAUCUUUUUUAUAAUUAUCUAUAUCCAGUAAAACCCUGAUUUUACUUUUUUUCAUCAGAUCAGCGAUAAAAAAACGCGCAAAGCGGGAAAACAUAAAAUCAGAAUUAAAAAAUUCCAAGCAUAUUUUUCAAAAAUUGACACUUGCCAGGUGAACUGCUAGAAAAAAGUAUGUAAUCAUUAUUUGUUUUUUGUGUUUAGAUAGAAUAUCUAUGAUUGCCUAUUCAAUACUAAUAAUUUUUGCAAAUUCGCUUCUUAGUUUACAUUUGCAAAUAAAAAUUGUUUCUGAGUUUAUAUGCUUGAUUAGUUAUGGGUAUGUGCUCUGUUUUUUUUUCAUUUUCAUCAUCACUACCAUCCAAACCAAGCAUUAAAUCAGUUAUCUAAGGAAUUUCUGAAGUGAUGAGAUUGUCGAGGUUGAUAUAUGCGUCAUCAACUUACAGAAAAUUUUCACCUUCAGCCACACCAUUUUCUUUUAUUUGAAGGACUAAUGUCCUCAUUGAAUAUUGAAAAGUCUGCUUUAUUAAAUCCGUUUGUUAUGGAUUUUUUAUUAACUUUUCCCAAACUGAGCACUUUAAAUUCCGAGCUUCCAGAACAUUUAUCUUUGUUUUAAAAGCAUUCUGCAAAUCUCCAGAAUAAAGAAAAAAAGAAGAGAUUUCCUAACCAAUUGUUUCUUGUAAUGAUCUUUGAACAAUUGGAUGAUCUCUAAACUUCCACAUUUUUUAUUUAAGAUCCAAAUGAGCAGUGCAUUGAUGAAGAAACAAAUUGAUUUUUUGCAGUUGCAUUUCUUAAUUAUAUUUUUGAAUUUUGCUUCUUUCACCUCUCUGGUUUCCACAAAGGAAGAUACAUGCCUCAAUGAAAAAUGGACUAACAGGUUUGAAUUUGAAAAAAACUUUGAGCAUUUUGGGAAAAAAAAAUGAUUUGAUCUGUCGCAAGGAAAACCACAUUAGGAUUUUCAUAAAAGGGUUAAUGUAAGAUAUAGGAUAUUUUAACCUUAUCGGUUGAAGCAAUUUUCAUGAACCAGCAGAAAAUGACUUUAGAAGCAGGAUAACGUAAGAAAUGAAUAACCUAAAAAACCGGGUUCCACUCUAUAUAUGUUUUCUAUUUUAAAAAACGUUUGUUAAGAUUUAGUGUUAUGUUUAAAAUAUUAAUAAUAUGAUUUAUGAGUAGCUAAUAUCUUUAGUGCAGUAAACAUUGUAUAUUAUGUAUCACAUUUGUAGUUCUCUGAUCUUACUCCAUGAUCAGUCGCUCCUCUAAUAUAUAAACUAACAUUCCUUAUCUGAUAGCAGAAAUUAAUAUUUUGUGUGUACUAUUUAUUUUUUAGCUCUUAUAAAUAUUGUAUUUAAUUAAUUUUUGCAGCUUUUUUUUUUACUUUGAUAUACCAUAGAGUUUUAUGCCUUUAUAGAUGGAUGCUUAAUUAGUUUAUCUUAUUUUGUGUGCCAUCAAUUCAACAAGUCAAUAUCUUGUGAUGAUAAGAUUGAAUUUAAAUAGAAAAUAGAACUUGGAUUUUAACAAACGUUACUAUUAUUGUCUAAAAAAAUUCAUUUUAAUACUUAUAAAAAAACUCUACUAUUAAAGAGUUACAAUUUUUUCCUCCCAUACAUUUGACUUGGAAGCUAUUAAUAGUGCUUUGUGAAGUUAUAUUACUGUUUUUUUAGACUUGUAGUUUUUUAAUUUGACUUAUGUACUGUGCAAUCUUUUAGAGUCUUAAUGAUGUUUUUCUAAUUCGUAUUUAUUUUUCUGUCAGUAUAGCAUUUAAUAUUUUUAAAACCAGCAAGUAAGAGUAAAGCAUUUUUGAGUAUAUGCACUUAGAUAUCAGAUAAGGUAAAAUCAAGGAUCUAAUAGAAAAUGUUAAAUUUUACUUUUUAUGUAAAGUUUAUUUUGACUGUAGCACAAUAAUAUAAUAUUCAAAGAAAGUAUCCAAUAACCUUAUAGAAUAGUUAUGUUAGUAGCUGUAUUAGAGUUUAAUUGUUCUAAUAAUCGUAUUUUAUGUUACUAUAGUGUUUAAAAUAACUUUAUGCAGUGUGAAAUAAGUGUACACAGUUUACUUUAUGCAUAAAAACCUGAAAGAAAUCAAAAUUGUAUCUUAAUUAAAAAUUUGGUAUUAUGUACCUUUCGAAAUCUUGAAAAAUUUUCACCCAGUAAUUGCUUAGGCAUUGAAUAUCCCGAAAGCAAACAUCUUUUAUUCUGAUUCCAAAGUAAAAGCAUUUGAAUAGUUUAGUUAUUAGCUAAUAUAUCAAAAUAUUGAUACAAAGAAACGUUUUGGUCUAUUUACAAAUGGCAUUUUACACUAAUUUGUUUUUGUCUUAAUGUAUGUUUUAAGUUUAAAUUAGUGUAAAAUCUGUAAGUUCUCACUCAGGUUAUUAUUAUUUUUUGUUAGUCUUCAGAAAAGUUUAAUUUGAAUAUAGUGUGUCAGAAUAUAUUAAUUGGGAGGAAAAAGUCCAUGUACAUUUCUUAGUAUUUGAACUCUGUUAGAGUUUUAGCAAUGUUCAUUUUUAUCCUAUUUUAGUUUCAAUUUGUAUUUUAAAAUUAGUUAUUUUUCCCCUCAUUUUUUAUGUGUUCAGACAUUUUAGGUAUUAUUGCAGUGCACAAACACAGUUUAAUAUAAAACUUGCUUUUAAAAAAAAUAUAUUGUUACAUACUCUAAUGCAUGAUAGAAAUUAUUUUAAUUAUCUAGGUACAGAUUAUUGAAUAGAUUUUACUUGCUAGUUUCAUGUUUUAUUUGAAUGAGAUUUAUAUAACUUUUUAGUUUUUGUUCAUAAAUGUAUACUUUGUUUUUUAGUUUUCAAUAAUAAAUGCAACUUGUAAUGAGAAAAUUUACUCUUGUCCUUAGAAUAGAAUAGAUUGUGUUGAAAAAUAAUCUAAAGUAUGUCACAAUGGAGUAAUGCCAUUCAUUAAGAUUUUGAAUUUGUGCAAACUAUGCAAAAAACUAUGCAGAAAACUAUGCAAAAGAAACUAUUUUUUUAUUGGUUCAUUUCCUUAGAAAUGCCAAACAACGUGUGAAACUGUCGCACUGGGGAAAAUCUCGUUACAGAUUAGUCAGCUGUGAAUUAUUUAUAUCAUGUAAUGUAAUAUUGUUCUAUAUGAAUAUAAAAAUUGUUUUGAUGCAAA